UUCAAAAUUCCUGAGGAGGGAAAGUGUAGGAAGAGAGUCUCCACCCUCCGUGCCUCAGCGUGCCCAGUGGCUCUGCCCCAGGGAGCCGAGGCCCAUCUGAUGCAAAGCUGAAUCUGCAUUCGCAUUUCACUGGGGAGUCUUUUGGCUGGGGCAGUGGAAGGACCUGCUUGGCUGGAACGGUUUUUUUCCCUCCCAGGCGACGUCCGAUGGGUGUGUCAGGCAGGAGGUGAUAUUUGCCUGGGCUGGCGCAGGCGAGCCGCUGCGGAGCCAAGGGCACCAGGCAUUGGGCUCGAGAUGGCCUCCCCGGACCGGCCGCCUGCCACCAGCUAUGCCCCACCUGAAGUGCCCCUGGGGGUCGUGCUGUUCUUCACCAUCCCCUACGCCUUCUUCUUGCCCGAGCUGCUGAAUGUCUACCCAGGAGUGGAAUAUUAGAUUACCAGUUUAUCCUGAAAAGAAAGAACUAACUCAAGAACAGCCAGAUGGAAGAGAUGCACAGGGCCAGAUAUUUGGGUGCUGGGUGUGGAUCCUGGUAGCUGCCACCCAGGUAGCAAACCCGUUGCUGCAAGGAUGGGUGAUGUAUGUCUCGCUCACCUCGUUUCUCAUCUCCCUGAUGUUCCUAUUGUCCUACCUGUUUGGAUUGUACAAAAGAUACGAGUCCUGGAGAGUCCUGGACAGUCUGUACCACGGCACCACGGGCAUCCUGUACAUGAGUGCGGCCGUCCUGCAGGCACACGCCACCAUCGUUUCUGAGACGCAGGACCUGAAGAACUACUACAUCAACACGGCAGCCUCGUUCUUCGCCUUCAUCACUGCCCUGCUCUACAUCCUCCAUGCCUUCAGCAUCUACUACCACUGAAGAGGCGGGGAGCCGGGCCGCGGGGAGAAGCGCCCCAGCAACACCUGGAUGAUGGGCUCCGGAAAGUCGCUCUCAACAUUCACCAUGUGGAUGACAAACAGAAGAUCAGCAAGAACAUCAACAGGCUGGACAGACCAGCUUCUCAGACUGAGUGAUGAAAUCGCACUCUGGCAUCUCUGUUUGGACAUUUUUAAUUCAUUACGGCGAAUAUGAAAAAGCUUGGGGGCGGGUGUUAUUUUGCUUGUUUGUUUGGUUGGUUUGGUUUUUGCCUGGGAAAGUAACUGUCCCUUCCGACAGGGCACCUCACUCUUCUGGAAAACCGAUAUCCAAAGUCCUCACAGGUGAGAAUACCAGCUCUGCCACUGUCACACCUGUUUGGGGAUUCUGCCUCAGGAGUCAGGUUCCCCCAGAGCAGGUUUAAGGGGACACUCAUUCUUGUUCUGUUAAAAUCGAAAUGGUGCUGUCGAUGCCUUCAGAUCUGAAGAAGACCCACAGACCUUGUUCCUGAGGCAUGGUUCUGCCUUUGCUUUGAGCAGGGGUCCAAAUCCUCUCUCCCCUCCCCUGGGGGAGCUGACAGGGACGAGCCACACUGUCCCGCCCAUCCCACUGCCCCCUUCCCUUUCCUCCCCAGUUUUGGGAUCCAAGGAAAAUCUUCAUAAAAGCAACUUUGAGGGUAGAUUUGUGGGGAAAAUAAGUGACUGACUCUACAAAAUUGUUAUGCAGUAAGAACUUGGGGGGGGGGCGCUGCCUGCUUCUCCCCAAGUCGGGCCUGACAGAAAACCGCAAGGCUGCAGGAUGCUUGUGCCAGGCCUCCAGAAACCUGCUUCCUAAGGACUAGAAGCCACCUUUUCCCUCAGAAAAGACCAUCAAGGGAAUGAGGCAGGACGUUCCAGGCAAGGAUUCUUCUGUGGGCUUCUGUCCCACGACGUGGGACAUCUCAGGAAGCCAGAAAGGACCCCCGUCCCAGGGUCCGUGCUCUUCCACAUGCACCCACACCCCCUGCGUCCCCCUGAGUGGCGCCAGCUGUGUGGGGCCUCAUGGGGGGAAGGGCUCGCACACCCCGACAUGCAAAGGCGUCCGUGAUUUAGGGCCAUUCUCAAAGGAAAGGGCGGCGUUAUGCACACAGAAACAUAUAAUCGAGGUGCUUGAUUUCAAUUUUAGUAUAUGUGCUGCCGAAGCGAGCAUGAGGUGCUUGAUUUCAAAGUAAAUAUUUUUCAAAAGGAAGCUGCGCUCUCCGGCCUGUCUUCAUCUGUGCAGGGGUUCCAGCCCAGUCUUCCGUCUGAGCACCGGGCCUCCCGCCCCGGGUGAGCAGGGCACGGCCCCACGGCUGCACAUGUCUGCUCUGGUUUUGAAAUGGGAUGAAUUAUUACGGAAAGGGACUAGUCUUAGCUGAUUCUGGGCUUAUAGUUUGUUACCAAUUUUUUUUUUUUUUUGCUGCUCCUUGGGGGUGGGGGGCGGGUACAGGGAGCCACCAACAAGAAAAUUCUGGCUUAUUCUUGUUGACCACUCACUUCCUGACCACCGUGUUAUCUUGAAAAGCCACCAUUUAUCCCUCAUUUUAUUGCCUGGGAUGAUUACUGUUCAAUAUUUACCGAGUAGCCACAUCCAAAUAAAAGUUGUGUGUACAGUAAGAAGUA